AUGCCUCCGUUUCGCAAUCUCCUCAGUCGAAAGCCUCAACCCAAUGCCGGGGACCCUGCUGUCUUCGACGAGAACUAUCUCUCACCUAAUCAACGCCCCGCGCCGAUCCCGAUCCGGAACAGCCAUGAUGAACCUACCGAGUACAAAUUGAGUGUGGUCAACGACAGUGGAGUCUAUCUCCCGCCGUCUCCUCCGGAGAAACAGAGCUUUUGGCGCCGAUACCCAGGGUCUACUAAACCCGUGCAUCACCGCGACCUCGUUGAUGAGAAUGAGCCUUUCUCCAUAUCUCGCGAGUCUUUCGACUCUUAUCGCCGAUCUUUUGAUAUUUCUGCCCGUUCUCCCAUAAUUCACCCUGACGCUGGUCCUUCUCGGACUUCUCUUGACUCCCGAUGCUCCCGGUUAACUCCGUCGGCCACCCAUUCCACCAGCUUCACCAGGCCCGACACCAUGGAAGAAGAAACUUUCGAGGAAGUGGGUCUGAAUGAUGAGGCAAAGCCUAAGAAGAAGGGUUUUCUCUCUAGAUUCGGUGACUCUUUCAAUGAGGCGCAACCAGCCAAUGCCACCAAAUCCACGUCCUUUGGCUUCCACAUCCCUGGCCGGAAGCGCGGUCAGAGUGGUGGUGCGUCCGAACUUGGUUCUAUGAAUGCACAUCGAGCAUUCUCCGCUCGCAACCUCCAAUUUUAUUACUUAUUUGGAGACACCCUACAGCCUACGAAAUACAUUAUCAUGGCUGGAUUGAAGCGUGCCGUCGACGGCAGCGAAGAGCGCAAUGGCAAGCGGAGCAAGACCAAGGAAGGUUCCGCAUCUAAGAAGUCUGAGCCCACAGCGUCCGUGAAGAAGUCAAGCUCUUCGUCAAAGAAGGACUCUAAGAAGGACUCCAAGUCCAGUAAGAGCGACAAGAAGCCUUCGAAGAAGAUCCAGAAGGAAGAGUCCGAGGAUGACGAUGACUUUGACAUCGACGAUGUUUCCGACGAAGAUAUUGAUGCCCUUGAUGCCCUUUCAGACAACGAUGUUGAAAUGGAUGACGUGAGCGAAGUGGAAGAGGAGAAGCCCGAGUCAAAUGAGCAGGAACAGCAAGAGGCUCGGAAGAACCCCAACAACAACUCUCGCGAGUCGCACAUCAAGCAGAAGGCACUUCAACAAGAACGCAAGGCUGCGAAGCCCAAUGCCGAUACUGUCGCCCGCUCCAAGAAGCUGUGGGAGCAGCUGCGCCGCAAGUCCCACGUCCCGCUAGAACAGAGAAAAAAGCUUGUUAAGGAGCUGUUCGAGAUCAUCACCAACCGAGUUCGCGACUUUGUGUUCAAGCACGACUCCGUCCGAGUCAUUCAGACUGCCCUCAAGUACGGAAACCUUGAGCAGCGCAAGCUGAUUGCGCAUGAGUUGAAGGGUACCUACAAGGAACUUGCGCAGAGCCGAUAUGCCAAGUUCUUGGUUGGAAAGCUGAUUGUGCACGGAGACGAGGAGACCCGCGAUUUGAUUAUUCCAGAGUUCUACGGCAAUGUCAGGCGUCUUAUUCGCCACGCCGAAGGUUCAUGGAUUCUCGACGAUAUCUACCGACAGGUUGCGAGCAAGGCACAGAAAGACAGACUCCUCCGAGAGUGGUACGGUCCCGAGUUCGUCAUUUUCCAGGAUGAGAACGAGACGACUUCCGACCUUACUACUAUCCUCGAAGCCCACCCCGAGAAGCGUGGCCCGAUCAUGAACCACCUGCGCGAGAUGAUCAAUCAGCUGGUGCAGAAGAAGAGCACCGGAUUCACCAUGCUUCACGAUGCUAUGCUGCAGUACUUCCUCAACACAAAACCCGGCAGCAACGAAGCCAACGAAUUUAUCGAGCUGCUCAAGAGUGACGAAGAAGGUGACUUGGUCAAGAACUUGGCUUUCACCAAGUCCGGCUCUCGUUUGAUGUGUCUCUCCUUCGCGUACGCCAACGCCAAAGACCGCAAGUUGCUUCUACGAUUCUACCGUGACACUGUCAAGGCCAUGGCCGGUGACCUCAAUGGCCACCAAGUCCUCAUUUCCGCCUAUGAGGUCAUUGAUGACACAAAGCUCAGCGCCAAGUCCUUUUUCCCCGAGUUGCUGAACCAAAACGACAGCGAAGAGACCCGCAACGAGGAGCUCUGCUUCCAGGUCAACGACCUGACUGCCCGUAUCCCCAUCCUAUACCCCUUCGCUGGUGACCGCGUCAAGUGGCUGCUGCCGGAGGCCGACCAGAAGGUCCUGGAGGAGGUCCGCGAGAUUCGCAAGGAAACCUCCAAGAAAGACCCCACCAUGCGUCGCCAGGAACUUGUUAAGGCCGCUUCCCCCACACUGCUUGAGUUCAUUGCCGCUCGCGCCUCUACCCUUCUCGAGACUACCUUCGGCUGCCAGUUCCUCUCCGAGGUUCUGUUCGAGGCUGAUGGAGAUAAGACCGCUGCUCUCGCCGCUUUGGCCGAGGCUGCCAAGGAGCACACCGAGGCCCGUGACACUGCGCAUGUCGGCCGUCUCCUCAAGUCCCUUGUACAGGGUGGAAGGUUCAACCCGGCCACCAAGAGCGUUGAAAAGGUGGAGCCCGCGUUAAACUUCCACGGCGUGCUUUACGAUCAGAUCAAGGAUGAGGUUAUGGACUGGGCGACGGGCGCCAACCCCUUCGUCAUUGUUGCUUUGGCCGAGUCCGAGGACUUUGAAAAGAAGAGCGAGCUGCUCAAGACUCUGAAGAAGAACAAGAAGGCGCUGGAGCAGGCCUCGGCGUCCGUCGUUGAGAAGGAUGGUAAGAAGAAGCCUAGCCCGGCUAGCAGCGGUGCGAAGCUUCUGCUUGAGAAGAUUUAG